UCUUAGAAUAUCAUGUAUCCUACUGUUAUAGUCGGUAGUAGUUCAAUAAAUUUCAUGUUUUAUAAAAGAAAACAAAGACCGUGUCUAAACGUGUCGGAUUGAUUUCUUUCAUUCUCUUCUGUUUUAAUAAAUUUAAUUUUGGAGGUGGCACAAACUUCAAAGAAGCAGAGUCGUGAGCUUCAUCUUUUAACACACCAACCAGUUCAACGACAAAAACAUCAAACUGUGAGAUUUAGUUUCAGAGAUCUGAUACAAAAAUAACUCAAAAUAAAUUCAACUUUCUUGCUUUCUUUCUCUUUCUGUAGAGAAAAUGAUGAUUCAAUCAUCAACACUAAUCAUUUCUCUUCUAUGUAUCAUUCUAUCAGUCUUUCAAACUUGUUAUUCAGUUUCAACGGGCACCAUUAUUCAACCUUCUAAGAGUAGACAAAUUUCAUGGAAACCCAGAGCAUUUGUGUAUGAAGGGUUUCUAACGGAGGAAGAAUGUGAUCAUCUGAUAGCUUUGGCAAAAACUGAGCUAAAGAGAUCAGUUGUAGCUAAUAGUGAGUCUGGGGACAGUAUGCUUAGCGAAGUUCGAACUAGCUCCGGAACCUUUAUUGGUAAAGCAAAGGAUUCUAUUGUAUCACAUAUCGAGGACAAGAUCGCAGCAUGGACCUUUCUGCCAAAAGAGAAUGGUGAGGAUAUUCAAGUACUGAAAUAUGAAGAGGGGCAAAAAUAUGAUGCACAUUAUGACUACUUCUCCGAUCCAGUUAAUAUUGUUAGAGGAGGGCAUCGUCUUGCUACUGUGCUAAUGUAUCUAAGUGAUGUCCAAAAAGGUGGUGAAACCGUAUUUCCAAAUGCAGAGGAGCUUCCACACCGUGGAUCCCAUUAUAAGGAUGACUUAUCUGAUUGUGCAAAGAAGGGAAUUGCAGUAAAACCACGAAAAGGAGAUGCACUUCUCUUCUUCAAUCUCUACCCAACUGCUGUCCCAGACACCAUGAGUCUCCAUGGUGGAUGCCCCGUGCUUGAAGGUGAAAAAUGGUCUGCAACCAAGUGGAUACAUGUGGACUCCUUCGACAAGAUAGUAGGAAGUGGUGGUAGUGGUGGUGGUAGCUGCUCAGAUGACAACGAUAGGUGCGAGCAAUGGGCAGCUCUUGGAGAAUGCACAAAGAACCCAGAGUACAUGGUGGGAUCUACAGACAUUCCGGGCUCUUGUAGGAGGAGUUGUAAGGUUUGUUAACAUGUGUGUUAUUGAUUUUGGUUUUGGAGCGUCUCUUGUAUCUUCCACGGGUUACUCUGCAGUUUCUACAAAUGGUGUACCAAAUUAAGAUGUUGUAUUGGAACAGCUUUGUCUGUUCUACCUUGAUUAUUCAGUACUUUUUGGGUUGUCUAACCUCUAAUUUUUGGUUUAUCGUUUGUACUAGUAGUAUUUUAAUACUUUAUCAUUAUGUUUCUGUCAAGUUAAUUGACAAAUAUAU